CUGUCCGAGUCCCAAAUCAGUUUGAAACUUGUACGUCGACAGUCGUGUCAAUAAAAUCAUAUAUAAUUCUAGCAAAUAUCUUUACAAUUGCUUCUGUGGCUACACAAGUUUUCAUCAUCUGCAGAUAAGGUAUUUCAUUUUUAUGUGAAACUUAUUUCCAAAAUUCUGAAGAAAUCUCAAAGUGCCAAAGUUCCCCAAACGUUUUUACUGAAAUGGUCCCAAUCAAAUGUAUCCUCACCAUUCUUUUGCUGGCCGUUUGCUGUCAGUGCCAAUCAUUCGGUGCUUCUUCUUCCUCUUGCGCGAAACUAAAAAUCUCGCUGGACACGUUCAGUUCUAUGAAGUACGGCAAUUUUCUCAUUGACAUUUAUGAACACGUCGAUAAUAAUCAAAAAUCAUCCGACAGCCAGAAAAAAUAUUUCUACUCCCCUAUUGCGUUAUUGGACCACUCAAGUGCCGUUAGCAUUUACAACAGAUUCACGAAACAGCCAGAGAUGAGCUUCCGCAUUAAAAUGUGGAACGACAAAGUUGAAAAUGAAGUUGUGAAACAUUUAAACGAAAUCUUCGGCCAUGAAAUCAAAUCAAAUCAAGUGAGAGUCCUCCCCUUGGAGAAAGUCUUUCUCACGAGUGAAAUAUCCACAGAAGAUUAUUUUCUAUCUCCAGUGUGGAAGAAUUACGACAAGGGCAAAACCAUUUGGUUUUCUCUGUCCUGUUACGACCAGAAAAUCUGCGACGAACUGGCCAAUGAAAUGCGGUCCAAUCCCAAACAUUUAAACAAUUUCAAACUCCUGUACAGUUUGUCAUCGCAGACGUCACAAACAAAACAGACGACCAUCCGCAUCGAUAGCCUCACUUCCGGUCAAUUGGUCUCUAAUCUUUUACAAAAAUUUGGAGACAAAACUGAAAUUUUUCUGACGGCCAACGACGAAAAGAAAAUGUUGACGGAAACGGCCACCAACAUCCGAAUGGACACAUUUGACGACUCUGAGGUCGGGUCGCCUGAUACUGAACUUCAAAUUUCAAAUAUUUUAAAGGAUCUGCUGGUCACGUCCAGGACGACCAUAAGAGAACAAAGUGACAAAAUGUGGGACUCUGUUUUCUGGAAUGACGACAAUUACCGUCCGGACAAGACGACGAAAAUUUUAAAUGAAAUCCUCAACAAAAUGGACAUGGAAACUCAAAAGAUAUUGGCGGACAUGUUUCAAAAAGUGGAGAAGCAGUCGGUAAUAUUAGGAAAAUUAACUUCGAAUAGUAAAGAGAAAAGGCGAGAAGAACAGCAUCGCGAUUUUAAUGAAAAAUGUAAACUUGCAAAAAACUACUCGGAUGAAGAAAAUAAAAAUUUUGAGAAUAAAGAAAAAAUCCAACACAAUUACGACUCGAACAGUUGGGAUGACGUGGACAGAAUCAGUUCAAUCAUUUCAGAGAAAAUGGCAAACGAAUCUGGUGGUUCGAGCCAGGUCAAAAUUACGAAAGAUGUUGAAAUGUUAUUACAGGAAAGUAGAGACAACGUCCAAUGGGACGAAGAGAAAUUCGUGCCCAAGCCGAUGCAACUGAGUAAAAUCAAUUUGGCCAAAUUUCGCGAAUCUCAAUCGUUUCAGGAUCGUAACAUUCGUCUCCGUUACACGACCGCCGAACUGUCUGCGCCAAUCAAAAUUAUGGAACACGCAGAAUUGACUGUCGUUAACGAAUGGAACAAUUUAAAGGAGGAACUCAAAGCCACUACUGAGCUCUUAAGCAGAACUGUGAACAAUUUGAAUAUAACGAAUACCGAACUAAGAAACGCGAAGAGCGAUUUAACUAAUGAAUUAGAAGGGACUAGACAAGAGUUGGAGAAAACCCAAAACGACUUGGAGGAAACCAGGACUUAUGUCAAUAAUCUAUCGAUAAAGUUAAAUGAGACCAAGCAGGAGUUGGUGAAAACGAGAGCAGAUUUUCUCAUAACCGUCGAUGAUUUAUCUGCAAAAUUAAACGCGACUAAAAAAGAAUUGGCGGAAACGAAAAUCACGGCCGGGAUUUUGUCAGCUGAACUCAAAACGAGUUCGUAUCGAUUAAGUCAAGAAUCAAAAGUUGCUGAAGAAAAUCUGAAAAAAGAUCUAAGAGCAACUUUAAUUGACGUGGAAACUGCAAAAACAAAUUUGGCCUCAACGAGAACAGAAUUGAACAGCACAAAGUCCGCCGUUGCGGAUUUGACAACCAAAUUAAACGCCCGAACGAGUGAAAUAGUUGACAUUGGUCAAAUGCCAACAUCGUGUGCGGAUCUACAACGAACGGGACAUAAACUGAGCGGAUUCUUUUCCGUAAAAGGAUCAAAGAAGAUGGAAACGCUUUACUGCAACUUUUUUUCCAAUCAAAAUGACAAACAGAAAUGGAUCGGAUACGCCGACAUUAAAUCAGCGCCCGUCAAUUUCUACGUCCAGAGAAAUUCUGAUUUUAACAAAACAUCAACUCCGAUUCCGUUCGAUUUGGCGCGGGUGAACGAGGGAAACGCCAUGGAUUUGCGGUCGGGGAAAUUCACGGCACCGCGACCGGGAAUUUAUUUUUUCUCUUUCACGGGACUGGCGUAUCUUAAAUCUUCAUCUUCUUAUGCUUGGUUUUAUUCUUAUCUUUUUUUGAACGGGAAUCGAAUCGGGUCGAGUUAUGUUCAAGAGAAUAACGGCCCCGUUAGUCAAAUAAUUCCGAUGUCCCUCCAGUCGACGCUGAACUUGAAAAAAGGCGAUCAACUCUGGGUGCAGAUUUCUUAUUCUGCUGGUUCAGACUCGUAUUUGGUUGACUACCCUGGUUUACACCACACCCAUUUCACGGGUUUCAUGUUGGAGGAGGAAAUUGUGGCGUCCCUUUGAGGUUCAACUUCAUCGGCGACGUUUUUGUUUCAUGACGACACGAAAUUUUUGGGAGGAAAGGAAUUUUAAAAGGGGGAGGGGAGAGAGAAAAUUCAUUUGAUUUUUAUUCAUUAAGGAGGAAGAUUUUCUUUACCCAAAUUAAACUGUGGAUGUAAUUACACUUACUGAAUGAAUACACUAACCAAGUUUCAA